CUCCGCCACUGCAGGCGCUCGCUCUCUCGCUUCCAUUGCCCUCGACAGCGGAUCACACAGGAGCGACCAUUGAAAGUCUUCUCCCUCCCCGGUUGCCCUGUCAAAAUGGUGAAAGUAACUGUGAAGACCAAGCCCUAUACGGACCAGAAACCCGGAACAAGCGGCCUGCGGAAGAGGGUGACUGUGUUCCAGCAGAACCAGCACUAUGCGGAGAACUUCAUCCAGAGCAUUAUUUCUGUCAUCGAGCCAGCUGAGCGCCAGGCUGCUACUCUGGUGGUGGGGGGCGACGGCAGGUUCUUCAUGAAAGAUGCCAUUCAGCUCAUCGUUCAGAUCGCAGCCGCCAACGGGAUUGGCCACCUGGUGAUUGGUCAGGAUGGGAUCAUGUCCACCCCAGCCGUGUCGUGUGUGAUCCGCAAGCUGAAGGCGGUGGGCGGGAUCAUCCUCACAGCCAGCCAUAACCCGGGGGGCCCCGAUGGAGACUUUGGUAUCAAGUACAACAUCUCCAGUGGAGGUCCUGCUCCAGAGGGCAUUACAAACCAAAUCUUUGAGAUCAGCAAAAGCCUACAGGAGUAUCAUAUCUGCCCUGAUCUUAAAGUGGAUCUGUCCAAGAUUGGCAAGCAGACCUUUGAUGUAGCGACUUCCAAGCCUUUCACAGUGGAGAUCGUGGACUCUGUUGAGGCCUACGCAGAUAUGCUGAGGGGUAUUUUUGACUUUGCUGCACUGAAGGAGCUUCUCUCCGGAGCCAAUCGCAUGAAUGUCCGCCUGGACGCAAUGCACGGAGUGGUUGGUCCUUAUGUGAAGAAGAUUGUGUGUGAGGAGCUGGGUUCUCCAGCCAACUCUGCAGUCAACUGUGUGCCCAAGGAGGACUUUGGCGGCCACCACCCUGACCCAAACUUGACGUACGCCGCAGACCUGGUGAACGCCAUGAAAGGAGGAGAGUAUGACUUUGGAGCCGCCUUCGAUGGUGACGGUGACCGUAACAUGGUGCUCGGCAAGCGUGGAUUUUUCGUGAACCCGUCCGACUCGGUGGCUGUUAUCGCCGCCAACAUUAACAGCAUUCCGUACUUCCAAAAGACUGGCGUGAAGGGACUGGCUCGCAGUAUGCCCACAAGUGGAGCCCUGGACAACGUGGCUAAAGCACUGAAAAUGCAACUGUACGAGACUCCAACGGGCUGGAAGUUCUUUGGGAACUUGAUGGAUGCUGGCAAACUGUCACUGUGCGGAGAGGAGAGUUUUGGCACCGGCUCCGAUCAUAUUCGGGAGAAGGACGGCUUGUGGGCAGUACUCGCCUGGUUGUCCAUCUUAGCCAGUCGCAAACAGAGCGUGGAAGACAUCAUGAAGGACCAUUGGCAAAAGUUUGGCAGGAACUUCUUCACCAGGUAUGACUACGAGGAGGUGGACUCGGACGCUGCCAACAAAAUGAUCAAGGAACUGGAAACAGCCAUGUUCAACCCGUCCUUUGUGGGGAAGAAUUUCUCAUCGGGGGAUAAAACAUACCAGGUGGCAAUCGCAGACAACUUUGCCUACACCGAUCCUGUGGAUGGAAGUGUUUCCAAAAACCAGGGCUUGAGGAUUAUCUUUGCCGACGGUUCUCGUAUUAUUUUCCGUCUCAGCGGCACUGGCAGUGCGGGAGCAACCGUCAGGCUUUACAUUGAUAGCUAUGAGAAGGACCCCCAGAAGAUUUACCAGGACCCUCAGGUGAUGUUGGCGCCCUUGGUAGACAUCGCCUUGAAGCUUUCACAGCUUCAUGAGAAGACUGGACGCACUGGCCCCACUGUGAUCACAUGAGUCCUCUGCCAUGCUGCUCCUCACCCUCUGCAGUGCUAAACGUUUAGUCUUCAGGAUCUUAUGUCGCCGUUGGCCACAUUUCAAUAGUCAAAAGUGUCGUGCCCAUAAGAAAAUUAACGUCUAAUACACCAUC